AAGCUCCAGUGUAGAUUUGAAUCCUCUUUCCAUAGAUUUGUACAAAGGGUUUCAAUUCUAAGCCCUGUGCCCUGUUUCAUUAUAUUUUAACAACAACAUUUGUGAUGUUUUAUGUCUCUCUUUGUAAAUUAAGCUUUCUCUAUAAUAUUAGCUUGGAGACCCUGGUGGCGCAGCGUGUUAAAUCACUGAGCUGCUGAAGGUUGCAGGUUCGAAUGCGGGGAGUGGAAUGAGCACCCGCUGUUAGCCCCAGCUUCUGCCAACCAAGCAGUUUGAAAACAUGCAGAUAACUGAGAUUUGGCUUGAAGAGAUGAAGGGGAUGAAGGAGCCGAAUCCCACAAGUCUGCAGCUGGAACAAGGAGUGCCAAGAGGAGGGAAAGCCGGAAGUAGGGUUCAGUAUGAAUACAUCACCGAGGGGCCAACGUGGAAAGCGUCGGAAGAAGGCAAGGACCUUCCAGGUCAAAGAAUGGAGCAGCGCUGGGAAGCCCAAUGGCAGGAGUUCCUGAAGACCCUCCAGUCGCCUUCCUGGGCAUGGGGAAGCCUUCCGCCGGCAGAGGAAACGCCGUGGGAUGAGGCCAAGGCCUUCCUGGCCUCCUUUGAGCAAGUGGCCAAAGCCUGUCGGUGGCCAAAGGAAGAGUGGGUGGCCCGGCUGUUGCCCGCAUUGAGUGGAGAAGCAGAGCAGGCCUUUCGGAGUCUGGAAGCCGGAGACAGGGAGGAUUAUGGGAAAGUGAAGGCGGCCAUCUUGAGAGCAGAGGCCCUGAGAGUAGGGCUGCAGCGCCAGCAUUUCCGGCUGUUCUGCUGCCAAGAGGUCGAGGAUCCGCGAAGGGUUUACAGCCAAGUCCAGGAGCUUGGCAGUCGGUGGCUGAAGCCGGAGAGACGCAGCAAGGAGCAGAUCCUGGAGCUGCUGGUCCUGGAGCAAUUCCUGGCCAGUCUUCCCCAAGACCUGCAAGGAUGGAUCCGAGGCGGAGGGCCGGAGAGCUGUUCCCAGGCUGUGGGCCUGGCAGAGGACUUCCUCCUCAAGAGACAGCAAGAGGCCGAUUCCGCCAGGUGGCAGGGACCUUCGCAGGAUGUGUGUGUUGGUUCCCCAGAGGCAGAAAGGAAGUCACCAGAUGCUGCUCAGAGACAGAUCUGUGAAGAAGCCAAGCCGGUGCAGGAUGCCGUGAUCCCUUUGCUAGGUGAUGGAAUCAAAGGCCCAAGUCCUUCCAUUUCAGUGUUUCCUCCUGAAGGACAAGUGAAGACUGAGGCUAGACUGGGUGCAGGUCUGCUGGACUGCAGAGACACAGGCGUCCCUUUGCACAGGGCUGAGCAGACGCUCUCCCAGCCAGGACAACAGACCAUCUUCUGGCAAGUCCUGCAGGAGGAGGGCGGAAAUGCCCAGCCAUUUGGUGAGGUGGAGGCAACUUUGCUUAAAGUGGAGACUUCUCAGCAUGGAGUGAAUGAGCUGAAGGAGAGGCCCGGGGCAGUGCCACUCCUAAACCAAAGAGAUGGACCGUUGAUGGUGGAGACGUGUGGACAAAGAAGUAAUGAAAAGAGAGGUUGGAAGAAGAAGAAGAUACCGCCACAGUCUUUACAGAGAACCCAAAAUGUUCCUACAGGAAGGAAACUGCAUAAAUGUUCUACUUGUGAGAAGGACUUCAAAUCUAGAGCGGACCUGACAUGCCACCAACUGAGUCACACUGGACAAAAGCCAUACCAGUGUUCUGAGUGCAAGAAAUGCUUCAGCCUGAAAGGUACACUGAUAAGACACCAGCGCAGCCAUACUGGGGUGAAACCCUAUAAGUGCUCUCAGUGUGGCAAGUGUUUCACUCGGAGAUCUAGCUUGAAGAACCAUCAAAGAAUUCAUACUGGAGAGAAACCCUAUAAAUGCUCUCAGUGUGGCAAGUGUUUCUCUCAGAGAUAUACCUUGAAGGACCAUCAAAGAAUUCAUACUGGAGAGAAACCCUAUAAAUGCUCUCAGUAUGCCAAGUUUUUCACUCUGAGAUCUAGCUUGAAGGACCAUAAAGGAAUUCAUACUGGAGUAAAACCCUAUGAAUGUUCUCAAUGUGAGAAAUGCUUCUGAAGGAGCUCACAUUUAAUUGUCCAACAGGAAAUCUAUACUGGAAAGAUACCCUAUUGUACCUCGAAUGUUGAAAAGGCUCCUCUUGCCAAUAUCUGUGGAAUGGACACCAGAGAACUCAUAGGUCCUUCAUAAGGCCUCUCUCUUCUGUGUGUGGGGAGAACUGUGGUCCUAAAGAUGCACUGAACAAACAGUAUUUAUGAAGGUUGUUGAGAUAAUGUAUACUCUGUAGUCUGUAGACCACUGCAGGGUGGGAGGGAAUUGGGGCCCCUCCUUCCUUAAAGUUCUCCCCCAGCUGCAGGCUCAAAUGGAAGAUCAGAUACCUGCUUUGAAAUAAAAGUUUUAUAAGGCA